AUGGCUCGCAACUUCGCGAGAGUAUGGCUUUUGGCGCUGGUCGGGCUGGUCUCUGGCUCCAUUGGACCAGAAUGGAGAGCAGUCAGUGCUGCAGAUGGCAAUCAUAUCGUCCGUGCCGCGAUCGCUUUGCACCAACCGGGAGUUGAGAAGGCGAGAGAUUUGUUGAUGGAGACAUCGAACCCAGCAUCAGAGAAGUUUGGGCAACACCCUGACAGCUCAACGAUAGAUUCUUUGUUCGCUCCUACACAGCGAUCCAUAGACUCUGCUGUUGACUGGCUUUCUGAUAUUGGUAUCAGCAACGUCCGACUUCGAAAGACGAGCGCCCUGUUGGAGUUCUCGGCGACAGUGGAUCAGCUACAAGAUUUGUUGGGUGCAAAAUACUGGCUUUUCGAGCACUCUCACACCGGCGAGCACAGCAUAGGGACAACUGAUUACAGCAUUCCCGACCACCUAAGAGACCACGUGCAUUUUGUCACACCCACAACGGAUCUGGCGCCAGUCCGCCGGGUGCCCAAGAAACGGCUCAAGCGCAAUGCUCCGACGUACGGAUCUGGUGCUGUCAAUCUUACAGACUGCCACUAUAGCUGGACACCGCAGUGCAUUCGCCAGCUAUAUGGCAUUCCAUUAGAGCACAAGACUGCGCCAAACAACACCCUCGGCAUCUACGGCACCCAAGACGACUUCUCCCAGUCCGACCUUAACGCGUUCUGGACUCAAUUCGCACCCUUCAUCCACAACGGCACCGGUCCCACGAUCAAGCGCAUCAACAACAAUGGCAAAGCGGGCGAAGAAACUAUCGGAGAGAUGGUCCUGGACAUGACCAUGGCAUUCCCCAUUGUCUAUCCACAGACGGUCGAUCUCUAUUUCGUCGACGAUACGGCCUCUGGCAACUACGUUGGGCUGGGAAACCACUUCCUCGACGCCAUCGACGCUGCCUACUGCACCUACGACGGCGGAGACGACCCGACUCUCGACCCUCACUAUCCCGAUUACAACGACUUGUUCCCCGACGGAGGGGAAUCCGAGGGUCUAUACCAGGGCCAGCGGCAGUGUGGCCUCUACCAGCCCAACAACGUCAUCUCGAUAUCCUACGGCACCGACGAGUGGAGCCUCGGUCAACAUUAUGUACAGCGCCAGUGUAACGAGUGGAUGAAGCUCGCACUGCGCGGAGUCACGGUCCUCGUGGCGGCAGGAGAUCGAGGCGUGUCGGGCACCACAAGUUGCAUAGCCAGGAACGGCACAGGGGACAACGGCGCCUUCAGCCCACUGUUUCCUGCCGUCUGUCCAUACGUGACGACAGUCGGAGCCACCCAAGUCGACUUCAACGGACAGCACUGGAACGAAGUCGCCGUCAACGACCCCAAGCACACCUUCUACAGCGGCGGCGGCUUCAGCGCCUUCAACCCACAACCCCCCUACCAAUCCCAAGCCAUCACCCAAUACCUCUCCACCCACAACCCCCACUACCCUAACGCAACCUACAACGCCGCCGGCCGCGCCAUCCCGGACAUCGCCCUGCUCGGUGCCAACGUCACCCUCAUCGACCAAGGCGCCCUCACCGUCAGCGGCGGCACCAGCGCCGCAACCCCCCUCUUCGCCGCCAUGAUCACGCGCAUCAACGAUGAGCGUCUCCUGGCUGGGAAGAAACCUAUUGGCUUUUUGAACCAGAUUUUGUAUUUACAUCCGGAGGUUUUUACGGAUAUCACCCAAGGCUCCAACCCAGGCUGUGGAACGGCUGGGUUCCAGGCGGCGAAGGGUUGGGAUCCGGUUUCGGGGCUGGGGUCGCCCGUGUUUCCUAAGUUGAGGGACCUACUUGUUGGGUUGCCGUAG